GAAGCAGGAACACUCCUCCCUCCUUAUCGCCCCCAUGGCUCCACCGUGACCAGAAACUCCACUAACGUCACCGACGAUCCACGAAUUCAUUCAUGGCAUUCACAUUCUGAUUCCUCUCACCGCACAAACAACACCCCGGAUGUUACUUGGGGCCUCAUCGUUCUCAGCCUAAAAUGCACUCUCGGGGGCUGAGACCACCACUAACACCCUCCGCCUCUUCAUUCCCAUCAUCGCCAUCACCGUCAUCUUCUUCUCCAUCAUCGCUCAUAUACAACCUGCAUUUCUCGUCCCCACCUUCCUCCUUCCUCUUCAGCUUCAGACCCAACAAGCGCUUCCACUUCCUCAAGCCAUGCUCGUCCCUCAAGCAGACCAAGAAGCAGCAGCAGCGGUCGCUCCAGAAGACGAGCGCCCCGCAGAGCCUCAAGUGGUUCUUCAGCCCCAAGGGCGACGGGGAUGACGAGAAGCGGCAGCUCAUGGGAGAAGGCGAGGGCGAUGGCGAUGGCGAGGGCGAGGGCGGUGGCGCGUCGGAAGGUGACGCGGCGGUGAAGGGGACUCUCUUGGCCGGCGUGUUGCUGGUGGGCGUGGUGGGCGGGUUCGGCGCCGUUGGGUACGUGUACAAGGACCAGAUCAACGCUUUCUUGACCCAGUUCUCUACCUUCAUUGACGGUUAUGGCCCAGCAGGAUAUGCUCUAUUUGUAGCUGUUUAUGCUGGUCUAGAAAUCCUUGCAAUCCCAGCAAUCCCUUUAACAAUGUCAGCUGGACUUCUUUUCGGUUCAGUAAUUGGCACAAUCAUUGUCUCCAUUAGUGGAACGGUGGCUGCGAGUGUUGCUUUUCUUAUUGCCAGAUAUUUUGCUAGGGAGCGAAUUCUUAAGUUAGUUGAAGGAAAUAAGAAAUUUCUUGCAAUUGACAAAGCUAUCGGGGAAAAUGGCUUCAGAGUUGUUACACUUUUGCGUCUGAGCCCUUUGCUUCCAUUUUCUCUUGGGAAUUAUUUGUAUGGACUCACAUCUGUCAAAUUUGUCCCAUACGUAUUGGGAAGUUGGUUAGGGAUGCUUCCGGGAACGUGGGCAUAUGUCAGUGCUGGUGCUUUCGGGCGAGCGAUCAUUCAAGAAGAAUCUGAGAUUGGUUUAUCUGGAGGAAAUGGUCAGCUAGUGACCCUUGGGCUUGGACUUUUGGCCACAGCAUUAGCGGCAACCUAUGUGACCAAACUUGCAAAGGACGCCAUUAAAGACAUCGAGUGAUAGCCAGUCGCUGGUUAGACUAUAGCUGGAGUUCCAUGAUUAUUUCCUUGGCUUUCUCUGGUACACCGCGCAAUGCUGCCUGUGACCGGGGGAAUGUCGUAUUGAUCAGGAGCUACGAAAUGACCCAACGUUCAGGAUGGAGAAAACUGCCGCAUAGGUUGUCAAUUUGUUUCAGCCGGGCAUGCCAAUGAUGCUAAAAAGCGGAUCGAAAGAGAAUAUUCUAUGUCUUGGAAACGAUAGGAAUCCAAAAUGAACGUCAGCUUGGAGCAUGUGCUGCAUAAGUAGAAUUUGAUGCGGUAUUUUCUUAUUUCCACUUCUAGCCAUUGACUGGUACACCCUGCACCAAUAGUGUUGGUAAUGUCCUUCUUGAAAAGGAUUUUAUGUAUAAUCAACAUCAGUGACUAAUCAAGUUUUCUUCUUGAAAA